AUGCGUCUUUCUGAAGUACACGGCCCCUCCAUAACUCCACUCCUCAAAAUUCUGCUCAUUUGGCUCUUUGGUGUCGCCCUUGUAAUUGCUCAUCACAUAUACGGGUCUCAGCUGAACAACCGCACCGUCCAUUUCCUGACCGAAAAACCAACUGCAACCCAGAUCUUCCAAUCCCAACCUGGCGCGUCUGCUGUGGGGACCACCAUCGCCUACCUUGUUUCAGCAGCCCUUUCUACCAGCGUUGGGAUUGCAUUCAUCCAAUGUGCAUGGAAGCUGGUUCGAGCUCGUGCCCUCACCGUCGGAGGAUUAGAUGCGCUAUGGUCUGCGCCAUAUUCGUAUUGGUCGUUCUUUGAAUGGGAUUUCUGGCGAACAGCGAGAGGUGUCGUUCUGGUGGCCAUCCUUAUGCGAGCCUUUCCACUAGUGGUCACGUUUGCGCCCGGAACUUUGACCGUCCACAAUGUCCUGAAGAGUACAAUGACUCCCUGCGAUGUUCCGAGCUUCAAUUUCGGAUCGAAUGGACUCCUUUUUGAGACUCUCAACAGUGCGGCCACACCAUAUUCUCAACCCUCCUCACUCGCUCUCCGAACUGUUGGUGCUACCAUUCUUGCAGGGAAACCCUUUUCACCGACAUCCCCGUGUACCGGAAAUUGCAAUUACAAUGUAGAAAUCAACGCACCUUCCUUUAACUGCACCAGUUCUCUCAAAAACACUUCCGCCCUCCCAUCCAGCGGAGACCCCUCCCACCAACUCGCUCCCCCACCAUAUGUCGCUGCAGCUUUCGAUGCAACACCUUCCAUCCAGUACAAGGGAUGGGAUUUUCAGGCCCACUAUCUGGAUUAUUCGCAUCGAAUUCCCGUCGACCCAACACGUCAGGGAAAGGACGUCAGUUGCGUGGCAUAUGAUUCGACCUACCACAUCAAUUAUACCUUCUUCGGCUCUACACCAUCUGUUGUUAUUGAACGAAUUGAACAAAACCAGUCCGGAACCCAGCUAUCGAUUGGAACCAACACAUUCAUUGACGGCAGCUCCUCGAUCCACUCUUCCCUGUUCAAUGUGACUACAAAUUACUAUGCCGUUCUCGCGAGUCUUUACACUUAUCUGGCUGGGAAUAUAUCAGCUUCUUUGACGGGAAACUCGUUACAAUUUACUCCUCAACCCGCGAAUCUUGCUGCUACCCAAACACAACUUGUCGCGGCUAGCGGAGGCGGAAACAUAACCUGGGCCGAUCUUCCGACAGUCCUCGAAUCCCUCCUCCAGAACAUCACUCUGUCCAUCCUUACGCUGGACCGCACACAGACGACGAAAACAAGUUGUAUGACAUUUUCGUCAGAGCAACAUUUUACGUAUGAUGCUUAUCGCUUGUGGCUUGUGUACGGCCCUGCGCUGGCGGUUGCAUUGCUCUGCAAUAUUGUUGGUGCAUUGGCACUGAUGGAGAACGGGUUUGGCGCGACGGAUGGGUUCAGUGAUUUCCUUGCGGCAACACGCUACUCGGAGCUCCGCGAAGUCGAUUCGCGGCAGAGAGUGAGACUAAAGUAUGGAAUGCUGAGAGGUUACGACGGACGCUAUGCCUUCGCAAAGCCGGAGGACCUGCUGGAUGGCAGGAAUGUGGGCACCAGCACUGCCACGCUGGGUCAAUAUAAGGAAGUGCCUCUGCUAUCGAGGGAGGCCGAAGGUGUCCAUGCUAGAACUUUAGCUCGUGUCCAUUGA